CUCUUGCAUUCCUGCGCUCCUCGGCGCGGCCUUUCAUUCUUUUCGAACACGCUCCUUUUCUUUAACACUAUGUUCUCGUUGUCGACCGGCUUGUUGUCCCUCGCCCUUGUCGCGCAGCUCGUGUGUGCAAAGGACGGUUUUGUGUACCGUUCUCGUCCACAGGAGCACCACAGCGGGAGCAACUCGACUAUUCUACAGACGCGAAAGACGUGGACGCUCGCCGACAAGUAUGAGGGUCAGGCGUUCUUCGACCAGUGGAACUUCUUUGAGUGGGGCGACCCUACUCACGGUAGAGUCAACUACCAGAACAAGGAAAACGCACAGAACAAGGGACUUGCAUACGUGCAAGGCGAUGGAAAAUUCGUCAUGGCCGUCGAUGACAAGAAUUGGGUUGGCGUGGGCUCCAACCGCGAUUCGGUUCGCAUCGGCUCGCAGAAGGCUUACACGCAAGGUCUCUUCAUCGCAGACCUCCAAGCUAUGCCUUUCGGUUGCAGCGUUUGGCCCGCCUGGUGGUCCGUGGGCCCCAACUGGCCCAACGGCGGCGAGAUCGACGUCCUCGAAGGCGUUCACAACCAAAAAGUGAACCAAUACACCCUGCACACCUCCCCAGGCUGCACCAUCGACACCGGCGUCCAGGCUACCGGUCAGAUCGGCAACCAGCAGUGCGCUGUCGGCGGGAACGACAACACCGGCUGCUUCUUCACGGACACGAACGACAACUCGUACGGGCAGCCGUUCAACGCUGCUGGCGGUGGGGUGUUUGCGCACACCUGGCAGGACGACGGGAUCAAGAUCUGGCACUUUGCGCGCGACAGCAUUCCGGGCGAUAUCAGCAGUGGAAACCCGAACCCUGAUGGCUGGGGCGAGCCCGUGGCGUACUUCAGCUCGAAUACUUGCGAUAUUGGGAGUCACUUCUACGAGCACGGUCUGACGUUCGACAUCACACUUUGCGGUGACUGGGCUGGCGCGACCUACAGCCAAGCAGGCUGCCCCGGAUCGUGCGACGAGCGCGUCGCUAACCCCGACAACUUCCACGGCAAGUCGUGGCUCACGCUAUCGGUAAUUCGAAAUCUCAUUAAUGAUUUUAACUAG